CCCCCCGCCGCAACCGGGCUGGCAGCGUCGGCCACAAUCUGAGGGGGACCCUGCCCAGUCUGUAGAAAGUACCGUUAUGGUCCACUGGCCGCGCAGAGCUAUAAAUAAAUGGGCGGCUGUGAUCGUCAAACAAACUUCGAAGGUUCUCCAAUCCUAACCCUUCACUACCCAUGAUCCCUCGCCAACAGUGUCUCGCUGGCCCAAAUCCAUGCCCUCUGCAUCUUCAUCAGAAAAGCAAAUCAGAUAAGAUCCUUUUCUAAAGGAGGAGUAAUCAGAGAGGAGUUCGGUGUUAUCCAGUUCGAGAUUCGUGAAAUUGGACUGCGAAUUGAGGAUCUGGUAGGAUACGCCGAAGUUAUUUAUGAAGAUCUAUGAAACUUCUCAUGGAACAAUUUAAUUAUUCAUCAUUUUGUCUUUCGCCACCGCUAGUAACAGUUUUGUUUUAACCUGCAUAAUGACACCCGCUGAAGCUGAUUCAUCUGGUUCAGAAAGCAGUGGCCCAGAUGACCAGCAAAAGCAGUCACAUUCUGAAACACAAAACCAGCCUUCUGCAACUGGAAAUUUCCAACCCGGCAUUGCAAUGCCUUCUACUGUUCAUUUUAUGCCCCACAGUCAGCUUGCAGCAGGACAUAUCAUGGCGCCGGUGGCCUACCCGUAUGUUGAUCCUUAUUAUGGAGGCAUCAUUGCUGCAUACAGCAGUCAACAUGUAAUGCAUCCGACCAUGACAGGAAUCAUGCCUGGGGUGCCAUUGCCUACCGAUGCUGUCGAGGAACCAGUGUAUGUGAAUGCCAAACAAUAUCACGGCAUUCUGAGACGGCGCCAAUCUCGUGCAAAAGCUGAAUCGGAGAAUAAAUUGAUCAAAUCUCGAAAGCCAUACAUUCAUCAUACAUUCAUGAAUCUUCGACAUUUACACGCAAUGAGAAGAGCCAGGGGAAACGGUGGCCGGUUUCUCAACUCAAAGGGCAAAGACGGCCAAGACGACGAAGCUUCCUCUCACGGAAAUGCUCAGCCCGGCAGCGGUCCAACCUCCCAAAACCCAUCUCCAGUUUAGUAACAGAACUAUGUAACAGUGGCAGGAUAUAGCAGCCUGAACAUAUGAAAGAAUGAAAGGCAUGAUAUCCACACAUCCAUAGAGGGCUGUGACAGCAAAUGAAGAAAAUAAGGAACCAUGUACAGGGUUUGCUCCGACGGCUUUUUCUACCGAUCUUAGAGAUCAGUGUCAGUGUUCAGACAUGUAGUUGAGAUUAGCUUGUAGCAUAGUUUGUCUUUGUCCAAUGGUAAUAAUAUUAGAAUUUCAUUUAAAUAAAAAAUGUGGGACAUUUUCAUUGUGGCCUCUAAAAUUUACUGAGAUUUUUUCUCUGGUUGGAAUUAUAUGUUG